AUGUUGUCAACAAGUGGACGAGUGAAACGUAAGAAUGCCACUCCUAUGCAGAAGAUCACUCAACCAAAAGCAUCUGUGGUAGAUCAAUUGGAAGAGGCACUGCAGGCACGUGAUUUCUCUAAAGCCACCACAAUGUUGGAAUUCUAUAAAACAACCAAUCAACCUGUUGGGGAUCUUCCUAUCAAUCCAUGGCUAGCGUACAGUGCAUUUCAUAUGAAUGAUAUCGGGAAGGCAUUAGAUGUGUAUAAAGAAUUGCUAUCACUUGAACACUGUGAUCCUAUGCAUUAUGUUCACAUGGGAUGUUGUCAUUUUAUGAAUGGAUCCUACAAGGAAGCGGAGGAAUGCGCAAUGCGAGGUCCAGAUUGUUCACUUAAAACACGUUUGAUUUUUCAUAUUGGACAAAAAACAUCUGAUGAAGAUAAAUUGCUAGUUUAUCAUCAGAAACUAAAAGAUACUGUUGAAGAUCAACUUUCUUUGGCUGCUAUGCAUUUUUACCGAGGUCAUUUUCAAGAAUCUAUUGAUGUUUAUAAACGUAUUUUACUUGAAACUCGAGAAUAUUUGGCACUUAAUGUUUAUGUAGCAAUGUGCUACUAUAAGAUGGAUUACUAUGACGUUAGUCUGGAAGUAUUAAAUGCAUAUUUACAAGUACGUAGUAAUAGUGCUACUGCUAUUAACUUAAAAGCAUGUAAUCACUACCGUUUAUAUAAUGGAAAAGCAGCAGAAGCAGAAUUAAGAGUACUUAUCGAUUUACAACGUUCUACAUAUAAUGUUGAAAAUGAUAUUGUUAAACACAAUUUGGUGGUUUUCCGAAAUGGAGAAGAUGCUCUUCAGGCGUUACCACCGUUAAUUGAUGUUGUUCCUGAAGCUCGUCUAAACCUUGUCAUUUUCCAUUUGCGUCAUGAUCAAUAUGAGGAAGCUUAUGAAUUAAUAAAAGAUCUUGAACCUCUUACUUCACCAGAAUACAUUUUAAAAGGUGUUGUAAACGCUUUUAUUGGACAAAAGUUAGAAUCAGAAGAACACCUUAAAGUAACACGAGAAUACUUUAAUCUUAUUGGUACGGCACAAUCAGAGUGUGAUACAAUUCCUGGACGUCAAUGUAUGGCAUCAUACUUUUUUCUACUACGUGAUUUCCCUAAUGUUUUACUCUAUCUACGUUCUAUUAAACCAUAUUUUCUUAAUGAUGAUACUUUUCUCUAUUUGUAUGGUAUCGCUUGUGCUGGAACUGGUAACUUUGCAGAAGCAGAGGAAUCACUUACCGCCGUUCGCUCAGAGAAAGUGAAAGCAGAAUUCAGUUAUACUAGCUGGUUGAUGCGAUCACAUAUUAUGAACAAACACGCUAAACGUGCCUGGGAUAUUUACCUUAAGGUAGAAACAAGUGCAGAAUCUUUUAAUAUCCUUCAACUCAUGGCAAAUGACUGUUACAAGGUAUGUGCUUUUUAUUAUGCCGCUAAAGCCUUUGAUGUCUUGGAGCGUAUUGAUAAUGCCCCAGAGUAUAUUGAAGGUAAAAAAGGUGCGUGUAUUGGAGUUUUUCAACAAGUCUUUGCAAAUCAAGAACCGGUAGAUUCUCUGUUUGAUGUUAUGAAAAUGUUAGAAGCAAGUGUGGUACAGCACAGCAAUGAGCCACAGAUUGCUCAGCAGUUUGAAAGUAUUCUGAAAGUAAUGAAGGAUUGGGUGAGGGAGAGUAAGAUCAAGAGGAAGUAG